AUGAGCGGAUUCGGAAGUACAAAUCCAACAGCAGGAGCAAUUAACGAAGGUGGUGGCAGUUGGGCUCGCAAAGAAAAAGCAGAUGAAAAUAUGUAUUUUCUAAAACAAGAAAAUGAAAUACUAGAAAAGAUGAGACAAGCAAAAGCGCAAGAAGGAAACGAUACAACUACAGAUCGACGUACAAAUGAAAAUCCAGAGAAAAAAUAA